AUGGUGCUGGUACGGCGAGAUGGGGACUGGGAUUGUGCCAGGUGUGGCAACCUGGUUUUCGCCAAGAAGUACGAGUGCCCGCUGUGCGGCUGUCGAACGGCCAAGAAGCACAACAGGCCGGGAAAGAAAGAUCGGGAUGCUGCCAAGCAGGCGGCGGCCAGCUACCAUGACACGGGUGCCAGGAGGCGGCCCACUUACCCUCGCAGGCCUGAGGAGCCCAGGCCGGCAGAGGACGAAGCGGAGGAGCCCAUGGCCCAGGAGGACGAGGACUACCUGGAUAUGGAUGAGGUGCGCGUAGAGGAGGAACAGCUGCCAGACACCCCGGAGGAGCCACAAGCAGACGUGGCGGAAACCCCAUGGAAGCGCCGGAAGUUCGGGGAGCGGGCGCCGCCCUGGGCGGCUCCGGAACGCCAGCCGAACGACUGGGACUGCGUGGAAUGUGGGGCCGUCAAUUUUCAGAGACGCGAUGCGUGUUUCCGCUGUCAUGUCCCUCGCUACGCGCCUCCGCCGCCUGUCGCGACGUCAGGCAAGGGCAUCGAGCGGAAGGCAGGUGACUGGGACUGCCCCGAAUGUGGCGUGCUGAACUUCAUGCGGCGGGAUAUCUGCUUCAAGUGUGGCCAUGGUCGGCCCGCUGAGGAGGAGGAGGAGGAGGAGGGAGAGGCAGAAGAGGAGCAGGCCCAGGAGGCCUAUGAGGAGGUGGAUGGGUCCAUGGCCCCAAGCAGCCCGCCCAUGCGCCCUGCAUCACCCCCGGCCUCGCCGCCGCCGGCGCAUCGGCGUGAGGGUGAGGCGAUGAAGACACUUUUCAGGCUUUCGCCCAAGUUUCGAGAAGCAUGGCUCCUGCACUGUGGCACGGCUGGGCGCGAAGCAGGCGACCCGUCUGACCCUUCCAAGUGCGAGCGCCGCUUUUUGGUGGAGUUUCUGGAUCGCGCAGCAGAGCAGCUUCAGAGCUCCGAGCCUUCGCCACGACCCUCAGCAAGACCAGGUGCAUCAGCUGGUGUGCAAAAGACGCUGUCCAUCAAGCGUAGCAUCGUGGACCGAGUCAACGAACUGAACGCUUCGGGGAAGCUCAAGCAGGCUAUCCGUCUGCCCGGCGUCGCGGUCUGCAUCUCGAAGAUCUCCGAGGAGGAAGCUCUUGAGGUCCUGGCGCAACUCGAGGACUUGGCAGAGGAGGUGGAGCAUCCCACCGACUUUGUGAAAAGGGAGGCGGAGAGUGUGAGAAGGGCCCAGUUGCCAAAGGGGCAAGCGUAG